AUGCCAAAAGUUACAGCUGCUUCUACUAAUAAUGAAAAUGACUAUAGACUAACGCGGUCCAAAAUAGCACACCUUCAUCAGAAACACCAACUAAGUUCAAGCGAUACGGUCAUUUACAGCAACAGCAACAAUCAGCUCUCUUGUCAAGAGCCUAUGGAGACAUCUACUCAAAAUGAUGAAGAAAAUAUUCCACCAGUGUUUUCAAACACUACAACUACAGCUGGGAAAUCAGCCAAUAUGACUAAAUUUUCAACAAGAACAAUUACUACUACGCGUCGGAAUCUAGGUGACGUCUCUAGUCAGUAUCAUGCCAGCUCGGUUAAACCUCUGCAGCAGCUGCAGCAGCAAAACAAGAAAAGGAAACCGUUUGGGGGUGAUUUUGCGCUUUUGCAUCCUCAUAAUAAAACUACUAGUAAUGCUGCUGCUGCUACUAAUACUACAAAGUCAAUACCUAUUGCUGAGGAUGCUCCUUCUUCAAAUAGCGUCACAACCAAAGCAUCAUCAUCAACAACAACAACAGCAGCAGCAACAACAGCAGCACUAUCAAAUGCAAACACAAAUACAAACUUCCGUCACUUGAUGGUACCCUCGCGAUUGCCACUAAAGAGGCAAGCUACUGAAUCAUCCACAAAUCUAGUUGAGAAACUAAAAAUCCCACAACCACAAGAUCAAAUUCUCAGCUCUACUGCAGCAGCAGUAGUAGCAGGAGCUGCCGCUGCUUCCGCAGUCGCAUCAUCAUCCUCAUCUUUAUCUACUACUAUACACAAGAAAUCUAGAUUGAUAGACUAUGAAUGGCAAGAUUUGGACGAAGAAGAUCAUGAUGACCCGUUGAUGGCUAGUGAAUACGUUAAUGAUAUUUUCACCUAUUUUUAUGAAUUGGAAACUCGAAUGUUGCCUGAUCCAAACUAUAUCAAUAAUCAAAAGAAUUACAAGCCCAAAAUGCGGUCUAUACUAGUGGAUUGGAUGGUUGAAAUGCACCUCAAAUUCAGAUUAUUGCCUGAAUCUUUAUUCUUGGCUAUUAAUACAAUGGACAGAUUUAUGUCCAUUGAGCAUGUAGAGCUUGAGAAACUACAAUUGCUAGCCACGGGGUCCUUAUUCAUAGCUGCUAAAUACGAAGAAGUUUUCUCACCGCUGGUUAAAAACUAUGCAUACUUUACUGAUGGUUCAUAUACCGAAGAACAAAUCUUGCAAGCCGAAAAGUAUAUUUUAACAACGUUGAAUUUCGAUCUCAACUACCCAAACCCUAUGAAUUUCUUGAGACGGAUUUCUAAAGCUGACGAUUAUGACGUACAAUCAAGAACCUUGGGGAAGUAUUUAUUGGAGAUCACCAUUAUCGAUCACAAGUUUAUAGGCAUGAAACCAUCCUUGUGCUGCGCACUGGCAAUGUAUUUAGCAAGAUUGAUUUUGGAAAAAAGACCUGUUUGGAAUGGGAAUUUGAUACAUUAUAGUGGAGGCUACAGAAUCAACGAUAUGAGAGUUUGUAUUGAAUUGAUGUUCCAAUAUCUACUACAACCAGUUGAGCACGAAGAGUUUUUCAAAAAAUAUGCCAUGAGAAAAUUUAUGAAAGCAAGCACCUUGUGUCAAAAUUGGGCUAGAAAGUUUUUUGCUGAAGAAAAAGAUAUAUUCGAUGAAAGUUUAUCAACUCAUCGAUUAUCGAUUGAGUGA